AUGGUAAGGAGCGAAGACCGGUUCGAAUACGCGUUCUUCGACUUGGAGACAACAAAGCCGACCCAACCCGGCCAGGAAUGCAUCAUAUUGGAGUUCGGGGCGAUUCUGGUUUGCCCGAGUACGCUGGUGGAGCUCGACGCCUACUCCACCCUGGUCCGACCCGCCGACCUCUCCUCAAUCGCCCCCUUGCCCAUGCGCAGCAAUGGCAUUAACAGAGACACCGUCGCUUCCUCCCCUACCUUUCAAGAUAUUGCAGAUGAGGUCUACGACAUUCUCCAUGGACGUAUAUGGGCAGGUCACAAUAUACUGGGGUUUGAUUGUGCUCUGAUCCAGAAGGCGUUCGCACACAUUGGUCGGCCUGCACCCAAACCCAAGGGUACUAUUGAUUCCUUGGCAUUGUUGGAACAGCGCUUUGGAAGGAGAGCUGGUAACAUGAAGAUGGACACUCUUGCAAACUAUUUUGGGCUUGGACGGCAGGAACACAGGAGUUUGGCUGAUGUUCGACUGAAUCUUGAAGUUUUGAAAAACUGUGCAACUGUCUUAUUCUUGGAAUCAAGCCUCCCGGACAUGGGCCCCCUCAGCAAUGAAAUGCAAGAAGAGUUGAAUCAGCUGGACUCCGCUGUGGGAUUUUUAGAGCCUGAUCAAGUUUUUAUUCCUUCAAUCGAUGCUUCCCUUGUCCCGUUGUAUCGUGGAAGUCAGAGGAUUAAGUUACUACAUGAUCUGAAGCUUUGCUGUAGGCAUAUGAAAUUACGGUUUGGAAUCAAUAUGAAAUCAGAUUUUUUUGAUUAUUAUGGACGGCCAAAGUUGAAUAUUAUCGCAGACGCAUCACCAAAUUUAUGUAAAGUUCUUGAUGCAUGUGAUGACAUUGCAAGUAAGUUGUCUGUGGAUUCUGGAAGCAAAUCCGAAUGGAAGCCUGUUGUGAUCCGGCAAUACGACUACCCUGCAGUGAGAUUGCAUAUACCGGCAUCAGGGGAUAUUAGGAUCUACGCCACAGAGAUAUAUAAAAAAGAGCCUUCUGGCACUGAGCAGAGGCUAGUCUUCACUAAGUUGGAUUCUUCAGAACUUAGUACCUUGUUCAAACAGGGGAGUUUUAUGGAUGCAUUCUUUUCCUUGGAUCCAUAUGACUAUCAGCAGAAUGCAAGCAUUAGGUUGGUGGCAAAGAAAUUGGUUAUUCAUUCGAAUUGA